UACCGCCCGCGGGAGAGAGCACGAACACUCUAGGAGAGAGGGACGGGCAGAAGCAUGUUUGUGAAAAAAGAUACCAGGAAAAUCCCAGAUAUCCUUGCUGAUGAGGGCGACGAAAGGGAAGAGCUGCACCUCGGUCGAAGGUCGUCCGAGUUCGUGUCCAACGGCAUCAAGGUGGUUUGCAGCAGCAGGCACAUACCCCGACUCCAAAAGCUCCAGAAAUUGUCGCUCUACGACAACAUGCUCAGCCACGUAAAAGGUAUCGGAGCUCUGUCGGCAACACCACUUAAACAGCUCAACUUAGGGAGAAACCAGCUCAAGUCUCUGCCCCCGGAGCUAGGCAAGGUGGGGACGCUGGAGACUCUGUGGGUGGACGAUAACGCUAUCACAGACUUUCCUCGUUCGGUGUUACAGCUGAAGCGCUUGCAAGAGCUUCGGCUGAGCGGCAACCGAAUUUCGGAGGUGCCGGAAGAAAUCGCUGCUCUUUCGGAGCUGCGAGUGCUGGCUCUGGAUAACAACGAGAUUAUGACGGUACCAAAGUCCAUCGGAAAGCUUUCGCGCCUACAGUCUCUUUUGCUGAGGCAGAACGAGCUCGAGGAGCUGCCGGUUGAGGUGGGCGGCCUCCUUGACCUAAAAACCCUCAGCGUCAGCAGCAACAGGCUCGCAUCGCUCCCCGCAUCGGUUGGGCAGCUGGUUCUGCUCGAGUUCCUCUUCGCCAAUGGCAACCGCCUCCUGUCCCUUCCCCCGGAGUUGGCAAGGCUGAUGAAACUCCGAAAGGCAAAUCUAUCGAACAACUCGAUCCACUCGCUGCCUGCUGACGUGGAGGCGGCCUGGGGAAGGGCUGACCCCGUGACGGGAAAGCUCGACCCGGCCACAGUGGAUUCUCCGAGAAAGACCGAGGUCGUAAUUCGCGGUAACCCUGUCGCGGACCCUAAGCAGGCCGGCGGAAGCGCUAGCGGUUACAAUGCGGAGCAAGACAUGGCAUCGUCGACGGAUGAGACCCGAUAAGUGGUUUCGACGGCUCACAGCGAUGGGCCGCGGUGUUUGGCUGGCUGGCACAAGUUGUGUUUGAUCCCUUGCUGCUUAGAACCAGGGUCACGCAGGCCAAACCUGGUUGCCGAUAUCUUGUUUCCCCGUACGUGCACUUGCACCAGGCCUGCUCGUAUUUGAGGUCUUUCUUUCUUUCUUCGAUGCCAUGACCAGCGUGUACAUGGUACUGGUUGAUUUUGUCCCCAAGGACUCUUGCUGAAGGCCAUUGUUGGUCCUGCGGCAUGGAGCCUAUCGACAGAAUCGCAGAGUACCACAGUAGCAGUACUUUCCAAGAAGAGCUAGUCAACGUUAGACUACAAGUAAAUUGUGAAGUAUACAUGCUGUAGCGAUGGUCAUCCUCAACACGUAACAUACUGAUUCUUCCGCGCAUGAUGACGCCAAGAUGACUGCACUGCGGGGACCGAAUGCCAUCCUGAGAUCGCAUAUGUUUUUGCACAUGGCGCCCCUCUGCCGCACAUCUUGAUAUAUCGGGUCAGCGGGGACACUCACUAAGAAAGCAGAUUUCGACGAGAAA